AUGACUGACCACAAGCCGAAGGUGCUGUACAUACCCUCCGUCCAGAAUAUCCACGACGAGACUGCCUGGAAGACUCUGAACCAGAAGUUUGAGGUCAUCACCUAUGACUGCAAAUCAGAGGAAGAAUACAUUGCCGAGGUGCAGAAGCCACACGGAAAGUUCGCAGGUAUAGAGGCCAUCUGUCGCUCAUCCUGGCUGAAAGGCCAGCCGUAUGUGCACCAUUAUCUAUUCAGAGGGGAGCCAGUUAAGGCAUUGCCCGACACGGUGAAGAUAAUUGUCCAGUCCGGGCAUGGCUACGACAUUGUUGACGUCGACUACUUGACAAAAAGAGGUGUGCUUUUUUGCAACUCUCCUGACUGUUGUACCAUUGCAACUGCAGAUGUCGGUGUUGCCCUUGUUCUUCAAUCUUUUCGCUACCUUACAUAUGCGGAGCACUGUGUUCGGACCAACAGAUACUAUGAGUCUGCACCGCUAGCUCUGUGGGGUGAAAAUCCGUCUGGAAAAACACUAGGAAUCAUUGGACUCGGUAACAUAGGGUUCCGUGUGGCAGUGGCGUGCAAAGCAUUGGGAAUGAAAGUGGCAUACCAUAAUAGAACACCAAAACCAGAGUAUGAGGGAAAACUAGAGGAUCUGAAAUACUUCAAAAAUCUGAACGACAUGCUCGCCGUUACCGACUGUGUGUUUGUUGCCUGCCCACACACGCCUGCCACACACCAUCUGAUAAAUGGAGAACGAUUCAAGCACAUGAAGGAUCACGUUCGACUGGUCAAUAUAGCCAGGGGACCGAUUGUUGAGGAAGCAGCGGUCAUCGAUGCUCUUGAACGGGGCCAGCUGGUAGGAGCAGGUUUUGAUGUUCACGAGUUUGAGCCGAAAAUUCACCCAAAACUUUUAGAGAACUACAAAGUGACAUUGCUUCCGCAUGUGGGGGUGACCUCCAUCGACAGUUUCAAGGCUUUUGAGAGAAAGUGCGUUGCUAAUCUGGUUGAAUAUUUCUACGGUAGUGGAAAGCCAGAAUCUGUUAACAAGAUUGGCACAUGA